CCCCCGUACUUCCGUCGCCAGCUUCAAAUUAUUGGAAUCUGGAAGAACCCUUCCAAGGUCGCGUCCAGGCAAACAUUUAUGGACGGCAUUAAACGUCGAGACAAAGACGCGAGGUGUUGGCCGGCACCUCUUCGGUUCAAGGGCGAGGCAUUUGUUCUCUGGCAAUUGCAGUCAAAGAACGAAAAGAAAUCUUUUCACGAACGGAAGAAAGCGAUAGGAGGAAAGCAAGGACUAAAAUCCCUACGUCGCUCUCAGUCAUCUCUCGUUCAAAGGACAGCCUCAGAUCCACCGGUCCAGCCACCAUGACGUGCCAACCCCACCUUAUUUCUUUAAAAAAAUAAAGACGAUCCCGUGACGAAGUGUGCAAGAUAGUCGAAACAAAUCAAGAAAACCAAAAAUCCCACCAUCCAUGAGGAAUCCUGACGGAGCCGAUAAGACAGAUACUCCCUGCUCCCUAGAUAUUCGUUACCCUGAUUCCAACCUUAUCCCUGAUCCUAACCUCCUCAUUCCUGCUAAUAAUCAUAGGGGACAGCGAAGGAGACUGAGGCGUCCCCUUCCCUUGUCCCCAUCGGCUCCACCGCCUUGUCUUCUAGCUAUAAAUUCUCAUCCCGGCCGGCGUACGAGAUACUCUGGAACUGGAACAAUCCGGCGAGCAGAGAUGGCGAGGUUGGCGGUGGCGUUUCUCUGCAUCUUGAUGGCCAUCUCUGCUUGCAACGGCGGCUACAUCCGUUACAAUACAAGCGCCGGAAUUGUGGCUGGAAAGCUGAAUGUGCACCUGGUUGCGCAUUCCCAUGAUGAUGUCGGGUGGCUGAAGACCAUUGAUCAGUACUAUGUUGGAUCCAAUAAUAGCAUACAGGGUGCUUGUGUUAUGAACGUGCUGGAUUCGGUGGUUCAUGCAUUGAUGAAAGAUCCUAACCGGAAGUUCAUUUUUGCGGAGCAGGCUUUUUUCCAAAGAUGGUGGAGAGAACAAAAUGAGCAAACCCAAGGAGUAGUGAGAAAACUAGUGGAUUCUGGCCAACUGGAGUUCGUAAAUGGUGGCUGGUGUAUGCAUGAUGAAGCCACAGUCCAUUACAUUGAUAUGAUCGAUCAGACAACUCUUGGUCAUGGCAUGAUCAAGAAGCAAUUUAACAAGGUUCCUCGAGUUGGAUGGCAAAUUGAUCCAUUUGGACACUCCGCUGUGCAAGGUUACCUGCUUGGAGCAGAGCUUGGUUUCGAUUCUGUACAUUUUGCGAGAAUUGAUUAUCAGGACAGGCAAAAGCGUAAGGUGGACAAAUCUCUUGAAGUUAUAUGGCGUGGGUCAAAAACUUUUGGUUCCUCUUCUCAGAUUUUUGCGAACACCUUUCCUGUUCAUUAUAGUCCUCCGGAAGGGUUUGGCUUUGAAGUCGAUGAUGACAUCUUACCUGUACAGGAUGAUGAACUACUUUAUGACUACAAUGUUGAACAACGUGUUAAUGAUUUUAUUGAUGCUGCGAUAACUCAAGCUAAUGUGACACGCACAAACCAUAUCAUGUGGACAAUGGGUGAUGAUUUCCAAUAUCAAUAUGCGGAAUCUUGGUUCAGGCAGAUGGACAAACUUAUCCAUUAUGUCAACAAGGAUGGUCGUGUCCAUGCACUAUAUUCUACUCCAUCAAUUUAUACUGAUGCAAAAAAUGCAGCAAAUGAAUCUUGGCCACUGAAAUUUGAUGACUAUUUCCCAUAUGCUGAUCCACCAAAUGCUUAUUGGACUGGGUAUUUUACUAGCCGUCCAACAUUUAAGCAUUAUGUUCGUAUGCUGAGUGGUUACUAUCUGGCAGCACGUCAAAUCGAAUUCUUAGCAGGGAGGACAUCAUCUGGUCCAUCUACCUGGAGCUUAGGAGAUGCUUUGGGAAUUGCUCAACAUCACGAUGCUGUCACUGGUACAGCAAAACAGCACACGACAGAUGAUUAUGCGAAACGCCUUGCUUAUGGAGCCUCAGAGGCAGAAAAGGUUGUCAACCUAGCCCUUCCAUGCUUAACCAAUACAAAUUGUGCGUCUUCAGCAGUAAAUUUAAGCCAGUGCAAUUUGCUCAAUAUAAGCUACUGCCCUGCAACUGAGGAAGAAAUUUUGGAAGGGAAAAGCUUGGUUGUGGUGGCAUACAAUCCUCUUGGAUGGAACCGUAAUGACUUCAUAAGGAUUCCCGUUAAUGAUGAUCUUCUUGUCGUACGGGAUUCUAAUGGAAAUAAUAUUGACACACAAUUUGUGGAGGUGGACAAUGUUACUGGCUAUAUAAGAAAUUUAUAUGUCAAGGCUUAUAUAGGAGUGUCACCAAAAGAAGCACCAAAAUAUUGGCUUGUAUUUCAAGUUUCUGUCCCACCAUUGGGUUGGAAUUCUUACUUUAUUUCAAGAACGGCUGGGAAAGGAAUGAGCAGAAAUGGUUAUAUCUCAGCUGGUGCUGUUCUAGAAAAUGACACAAUUGAAGUUGGGCCAGGACCUUUAAAAAUGUCCUUUUCAUUGACAUCUGGACAACUCAAGAGAAUGGUUAAUUAUAGAACAGGAGUGGAUAUACCCAUACAGCAAAGCUAUCUGUGGUACAGCUCAAGCAGUGGGGAUACAGAUCUACAUGCAUCUGGUGCAUACAUUUUCCAGCCAAAUGGUGCUCCUCCAACACCUGCUUCCAGAUCGGUACCUUUAAAGGUUAUACGUGGACCUCUGGUUGAUGAAGUCUACCAACAAUUUAACUCGUGGAUAUAUCAGGUGAUCAGACUUUAUAAGGACAAGGAGCAUGCAGAAAUUGAAUAUACUGUUGGGCCCAUUCCUACUGAUGAUGGUGUUGGGAAGGAGGUCAUUACACGAUUGACAGCAAACAUGGUCACAAAUAGGACAUUUUUCACGGACUCUAAUGGAAGAGAUUUUCUAAAACGGGUUCGUGAUUAUAGGGAGGAUUGGAAUCUUCAAGUGACUCAACCAAUUGCAGGAAACUAUUAUCCGCUGAAUCUUGGAAUAUAUAUAGCGGAUGGGAAGUCUGAACUCUCUGUCCUUGUAGAUCAUGCUGUUGGAGGUUCCAGCAUUGAGGAUGGUGGAAUAGAAAUCAUGCUUCAUAGGCGCCUGCUCUAUGUUGAUUUUAAAGGUGUCGGGGAAUCACUUGAUGAGAAAGUUUGUGUAGUUAAUGCCUGCGAGGGGCUCAUGGCUAGAGGAAAUUAUUAUCUGAGCAUCAACCAGUUAGGAAGUGGGGCAUAUUGGCGCAGGACGUAUGGUCAACAAAUUUAUUCAACUCUUCUUCUAGCAUUCACUCAUGAGAAUGAGGAACGUUGGAAGUCUUCUCAUAACACAAAAGCAACUACGAUGGAAGAUGGUUACAGUUUACCUCCUAAUGUUGCAUUGAUCACACUUCAGGAUCUAGAUGAUGGAACUGUCCUCCUCCGACUGGCACAUCUAUACGAGGCUGAUGAAGAUGUCCAAAAUUCAGCAAUGGCAAAGGUUGAACUAAAAAAGGUCUUUGCGAAGAAAAUGAUUAAAGAAUUGAAGGAAACAAGCUUAUCAGCAAACCAAGAGAAGUCGGAGAUGAAGAAGAUGACGUGGCAUGUUGAAGGAGAUGAUAGAAAUUUUCCAGCUCCAGUGAGGGGUGGCCCAGUCAGCAAUGUCACCCUGGUCGUUGAGUUGGGACCGAUGGAAAUCCGCACGUUCUUGUUGAAAUUCUAAAUCCAGUCCCUGAAAUAGUUUCAGAUUUUUAUUUUGUGAUCCUGCAGACAUGAGGAUCCCAAGAUCCAAAGCACUCAUCUCACACUCCUAAGCAACAGAGCCUGGUUUUCAAACUCAUAUGGAUUCUUAUCCAUGGUAUCUAGUAUCGGAAAGCAGUGUGAUAGAUUGAUAGAUUCGUUCUGCAGCAUUGCAAAUAAAAGCUUAAAGGUACCAUUUUUGUUGAUUUUUGUCCUAGUUGUUCCCGGUUCUUGAAGUGCAGUUAUCUGAUUUACCUAAAAUAAGAUGCUUUGCUAUAUUAUUUGCACAUAAAGAACAUUAAAGUAUUGUUCUUUUCUCUAGUUAAUUGAAGAAUUAUAUUCAGUCUUGAA